CCUUGUUUACCACAUAAUUUUUCAAAGUCCAUAUAUACAAUCCACCAUCCAAAAGCAAAGAUAACUAUUCAAUAGUCUCCACUAUACAUCAAAUUUCCACAUGAUAGAGAGACGCAUUUCAAUCUCACCUCACUUUUAUUCAACAUAGUUUGUAAUCUCAUAGCAGCCAGCAAAGCCAUGACAUAACUCUCUAAAUCCCUCUUACAUCACUCCCAUGACAUUACAACACCAAUGUCAUUUUGUUGAAACUCAAAUGAAAUGUAACGUGUUCAAUAAUCAUACUAAUUCUCUAGAAUCUCUAUACUAAUUCAUCCUUUUGGUGUUUCAUAUUCCUAUACCCUAUAAAUAAAGAAAAGUGUAUCAAAGAACAAUUCAAAAAACAGAAACUCACAGUAAUUGUAUAUAUCCUGUGCUCCAAGAUGAACAAAGCAGAGGUGGUGUUUAUCCCUUUUCCCGGUUUGAGCCAUCUAGUUUCCACCCUCGAGUUUGCGAAGCUUCUAAUCAACCGUGACAACCGUCUCCGAGUAACUGUGUUAGUUAUCAAAUUCCCAAACACAGCAGAAACCGAUGUAUUCACUAAAUCCCUUCCCAUUACUGAUUCACUCCACAUCAUCAACCUUCCAGAAUGUCCUCUUCCUUCAAACACCAAUCCACGUUCCGCCAUGAACGAUCUCCUCGAAGCUCAAAAACCAAAUGUCAAACAAGCCAUCUCCAACAUCACAACCGGAGAAGGAAAACAUGGACACCUCGCAGCCUUUAUUGUUGACAUGUUUUGCACCACCAUGAUUGAUGUUGCCAAAGAAUUUUCUGUCCCUGCGUUUGUCUUCUUCACUUCCGGCAUUGCUUCCCUUGGUUUGUUCCUUCAUCUUCACACUCUCCGUGAACAAGACAACAUCGAUUCGACUCAGCUGCUGCAGCAAAACGAGUUAGCCAUCCCGACUUUUGCCAACUUGGUUCCUAUAAACUCGUUGCCAGAAGCUGUAAUAUAUAAGGAAAGGGAGUCAUUUUUCAUGAACUUUGCAAAAGGCCUCAAGAAAGCCAAUGGCAUUAUAGUUAAUUCAUUUGAAGAACUAGAGUCUCAUGCGGUUCACUCCUUUUUCUCUCAUCCUGAUCUAGCAGCUUUACCAAUAUAUCCAGUGGGACCCAUGUUAAACCCAAAGAAGCCUGAAUCCAAGGGAAAUCUUGAUUAUGAUGAUAUCAUCAAGUGGCUUGACGAUCAACCUCCUUCCUCGGUAGUUUUCCUCUGUUUCGGAACUAGGGGUUCUUUCCAUGACGAUCAGAUAAAGGAGAUCGCACUUGCUAUUGAGAAUAGUGGGACCCGCUUUAUAUGGUCUGUCCGUAAACCUUCGCCGAAGGGCACCAUGGUUGCACCCUCUGACUACCCUCUUUCAGAUUUGAAUUCGGUUUUACCCAAAGGGUUCUUAGAUCGUACAAUAGAUAUUGGAAAGAUCAUCAGUUGGGCCCCACAGACCGAAAUACUAGCUCACCCAGCCACAGGAGGAUUUGUCUCACAUUGUGGAUGGAAUUCCACACUCGAAAGCAUAAAUUUUGGCGUGCCUAUUGCCGCAUGGCCGCUCUAUGCUGAACAACCAAGUAAUGCUUUUCAAUUGGUGUAUGAGCUGAAGAUGGGUGUGGAGAUUGCAUUGGAUUACAAGGUGGUGCUUAGCGGUGAGUCUAACUACCUUGUAACUGCUGAUAAGAUUGAGAGAGGAAUAAGGAAUGUGUUGGAUAAGGAUGGAGAGGUAAAGAAGAAAGUGAAAGAGAUGAGCGAAAAAAGUAAGAAGACUCUGUUAGAAGGUGGAUCUUCCUAUAUUUAUGUAAGCCGGUUGAUUGAUUAUAUUGUAAAUCAAGUAUCAAAUUAAAUCAUCCUAGUAAGCUAGUACAAGAUUUCAGAAAAGCUAGAGGCUAUUAGCUUAGUUAUCAACAUAAAAUUGAAAUUUUAUAAAUUUCAAAGCUUUCAGAUAAUGACCCAUUACUGAUACAGUUUGUAACUGUUGGUGAUCAGAUCUAUUUUUGACUGUCAAAGAUCAAAAUUAGAAGCAUUAGGUCAAUUUUAGAGUGUCAAGAGGAUUGGUUACUAUCUUUUAUGCUAUUAUACAUCUGAAUAAUUACACAUCUUUAAUGCUAUGACUACUGGUGACUAACACUUUAUUAUUUGUUUUU